AUGCACAGCAAACAGCUCGGGUUGACAGAGGCCAUGCGAGUAGAGAAAUAUUUUGAGAGGCCAUAUGUCAAGGUAAAAAUUCAACCCGGUCCAGUGUGCGAGGCUCUGGUCGACAGCGGUGCUGAGGUAUGUGGGAUUUCACAGAAGUUAUGCCAGGAGUUGAAUCUACCCAGUUUGGGAACUGAAAGGAUCAAGGGAUGGAAUGGACAGGUGGCUGAGGUGGAUGCCACAUGGGUAACGUUGACUCAGGGGGACAAGGCUGCUACCCCUGGCGUCCGGGUGUGGUGUGCCGUGGUGCCAAAUGCUAGUGAACCACUAAUUAUUAAUCCAGGAGUGGUAGAACAGUUAAAGUUGGUAACGCCUUAUGUAGUACCUGCUGCAGGGGUAUUAUCUGCCAGUGGUUCAUUGGUCAAUUUAGGGACCUUUUACAAUGUUGACGCCCCCCAUGGGCAGUGUCAAGAGAGAUACAAUAAAAUUCAGAACCGUGACGUUGAUGACGAGAAAGAUGAUGAAGUUUGUGAAUUUAAUAAUUGUAAAAUAGAUGGCAGCGCAAUUACAAAUAAAAUUCAGAAUCGUGACGUUGAUGACGAGAAAGAUGAUGAAGUUUGUGAAUUUAAUAAUUGUAAAUUAGAUGGCAGUGUAAUUACAAAUAAAAUUCAGAACCGUGACGUUGAUGACGAGAAAGAUGAUGAAGUUUGUGAAGUUAAUAAUUGUAAAAUAGAUGGCAGCAUAAUUACAAAUAAAAUUCAGAACCGUGACGUUGAUGACGAGAAAGAUGAUGAAGUUUGUGAAUUUAAUAAUUGUAAAUUAGAUGGCAGUGUAAUUACAAAUAAAAUUCAGAAUCGUGACGUUGAUGACGAGAAAGAUGAUGAAGUUUGUGAAUUUAAUAAUUGUAAAAUAGAUGACAGUGUAGUUGUAGAUGGAGUUCCUAAUCGAGAUGUUGAUGAGGAGAAAGACGAUGAAGGUAGUGAAAAGAGUUGCAAGGUUAUGAUCAAGGAUAUAGGUAGAGCUGAUAUUAGUCAGGAGAAGAAGGAUUCCGCAGUGAAUAAAAUUAAUAAAUAUAAAUUUGAACUUGGUGAAGUUGGUAGUUCCGGUAUUGGGCUUGUGGACAGAUCAAAUGUUGUCGGUCGGGAUGUAAACUAUGUUGUGAGAGUGGCUGAAAUGACAAUCGACGGGCGUCGUGAUAACAACCACCACAACUACAGCAGCUGCAACAACCAGUUAUUUCAACAGCUCCAACUCAAUAGUGUCGUGGUUUCAGUUAUUUCAACAACUCCAACUCAGCAGCGUCAGGGUAACAACCACCUCAGCUACAACAACUCUUAUCCAGCAACCAGCUGCGGCAACCAGUUAUUUCAACAACAGCUCCAACACAAUAGUGUCGUGGUUUCAGCUAUUUCAACAACUACUCCAACCCAGCAGUGUCAGGGUAACGACCACCUCAGCUACAACAACUCUUAUCCAGCAACAUCGUGGCCUAACUCUAUUGCCAAUUUUUUGCAGCAAUGUUUUGAUAAAUUCUAUAAAAUCAUUAAUUCAACUUACAGUUGGUACUAUCCAGCAUCAAACAUCACGCUUAGAUCAUCAGACCCUUCAUUUAUCAGCCCAUUCAUCAAAUUUCUACUUCGCCAAAAAAAUAAACUCAUGAGAUUAGGAUUCACCGUCAAAGCCGCAGCGAUCACCAAAUACAUCAGUAAACUUAUUAUCAACUUCAACUCGAAAACUUUCACUAAUAGCCUUCAAACAUUUCACGCACUCAAAAAACUCCGUUCACAUGGUCUCAGAGGCGUCAAAUUAUUCGACAUCACCGAAUCACUCAUCAUCUCACGCAUCAAAUAUGCAGCUCCCUCCUGGUCUGGUUUUGCCACGCAACAACAACUUCAGCAGCUACAAUCUCUCAUCAAAAAACUAAUUCGCUUCAACUACUUACUGCAUCAUAUCCUACCGUCACUCAGAUAUUCAACACACUCGAUUCAAGGCUGUUCAAGAAAAUAG